AGAUUAGACAACACCAAGUAGCUGUUGCUUUAGUAUACCCAGGUAAUCGGUGUGUACACUACCGAUCAAUCGACCAAGGUCCUAUAUUCGAUAUUCCAAAAGUGUGUCAGAACCAUUGACAUCCGCUAAACAACCAGCAUUGACCCAGCAUAUAUAUCUACGUGGACCCUGAGUUUAUACCCUAGUUAAUUCCCAACUUUCGUUAAUAUUUAGUCAUAUACACCCUCCUCCCAAAAAACACUUACAUACCGACAUGCCCAACCUUCUUUGGAAUUCAGACAUUGAAGUGUAUAAUCCAGAGGCUAUACCUUACCUGGUGGCCCAAUGCAUAGUCCAAUAUCUUGCCAUACCUGACCUAAUAACAUUCAGCCACGUAUCGCGAAAUUGUCAACGAGCCGUAAAUGACCCACAAGUAUGGGUAUCACUAUUGCGUUCACUAGGAGUAUGGGACAACGCAAUAAUCAUAAAUAAGGAAACCAUUCAGAAGAAUCCGGAUGUCAUGAGAUUCUUGGAUGAUCCAUUGACUUGUGUGGAUUACAUCUACAAAUCUCGGCGGAAUGCCAAGUAUCAAAUGCUCAAGAUCCACCGAUGUUUGUAUCCUUAUUACAAGGACAUCAGACUGAAGAGUUUUAACGAUUUGAAAAUGUUGAAACAGUAUAAUACUCCCAUGGAUCAGUAUAAGAUGUUACGUGGUUUGCAUAUGUAUAAUAACAUCGAUUACACCAGCGAUCGGAGACUUGUCAGUGAUAAGAUCAACGAAUUGUUUGAAUUGUUUGAAAACGCGUUGUUGCGAGAAGUUGACUUGUGUUUUGAUUUUGAAGAGUAUGAUCAAAUGAAGGAGUUUGUUAUGGUUUUGAUUGAGUUGAAUAACCUGCAAGGGUUAAUUGACUUUUAUUUGCAGAAAAUGGAUAGUACCGAUAUGCCUAGCAUAGAGUAUUUCAAGCAGGAAGAGGAAAGCAAAGCAUAUGCAUUAGACGAAAAAGCAAUAGACCAACUUGUGAACCAACUUGCUGAUAUACUUAAUCGACAAAAUUCAAUAAUUCACAGGAUAUUCCCACCGGAAAUUCCCCUCAUGUAUAAAGUAUGUGAAGAAAUAAUCCUGAACCAACUUCAUGAUCAUAUUGUUGUACAAAUCAAACAAGCGAAAAAAUGUCAGUUAUAUAAUACCUUUAUUCCUGCAAUCUACUCCAAGCUCACCAUUGAUCUUGUGGACAAGAUUGAAGAUCUGGAAUAUCAUAUGCCUAUUAUUGGGCUAAUUGACAUGAACUUCGAAUCUAUAAUAGCAGAAUAUAUCCGAGAAGAAGUUCUGUAUACGAAAACUCACACCAAUGGACAAAUCAAUGUAUGGAAACAAGCAAACCAAGUGGACGAAGAAAGCAACGAUAAGGAGGAAAAGAGUGAUUUCUUGACCAGUUUCAAGAAUGUGUUUGCAAUUUCAUCGAAAAGUGACACUGAUACGGAUAAACCAAUACGUAGAACAUUUGACUCUUCGGUGUUCGACCCUACACUUAUCCAGUCGAUUUUAGACGAUGCAUCCAGUUCCAUUCAGCGAUUACUUUUAUUCAAAACGUAUACGAUUAUAUCCCUUAGAAACGAUAUCUUUCUGUCGAUCCACGAGAUAUUCGUCAACAUCAUAGACACGAUCUAUAUCACCCAUUUAAAGCCAGGAUUUCAAAAAGUAUUGCAAUACUUGGCCCAAUCAGACGAUAAUCAACCAUUACUUAUAUUCUUUGAUGUUAUUAACAUGGCCGAUGUUAUCUUGAGCAUGAUUGACGUGUUUUAUAAACUGGAAAUUACUUUUGAUGACGCGGCAAUCAACCCAUCAUUAACCAAUAAGAAACGUAUCGAAACAUUAAUUGACAAUUAUGUUGCUGAUGGACUCAACAUCAGUAUUGAACUACUUACCAAACAAAUCGAGUCUAUAUACGAUGAAAAAUUAACUAAUCAAUACACGACUAUAGCCACAGGUGAACCAACCAUUGCCGCCAAGGAGGCAACUACACUUCUUGAACAGAAUAUGAACUUACUCAUAGACAAUAACAUUGAAAAGUCAAUCAUUGAUGUAUUUCAACAAGAAAUCGCGGAACGAUUCUUUCAAAUCAUUGUCAAGACAAUCAAAUCACAGACGGUGUCUGUUGAAGGCGCCCCCAACUUGAUUAGUGACGUUAAUCUGUAUUAUGACUUUAUGUAUACUCAAAUCAAAACCAACAAGAGAUUAGUGCUUCCAUUAUAUCAAUCCUUGCAGAAAGUAGCUAAUAUCUACUUGAUUGGAGGUGAAGAUUCGAAAGCGAUUGGGAAACUAAUUGUUGAUUUGUCCAAGUUUAAUGGUAUUUUCAAACAAGAGGAAAUUUACGAAUUUGUUCAAAGAAGACAAGAUUGGAAUGAUAUCAAAAGAGAUGUUGAGAAGGUUAUGUACGGGUUUGAUUGUAGGGUUAUAUAGACUAGAAAUGCAUAUAAAACAGUUUGAUAUUUGC